UUCCCUCCUUCCCUCACUCCACAUUCCAAUCAAUCCAUCUCUCUCUCUCUCUCUCUCUCUCUCUCUCUCUCUCUCUCCUUCCUUCCUAGAUGGAGAUCCAAACCAAUUAACCUUCCUCUUCCAAUUCAUUCCUAACACACCCUUUAACAGAACUCGCCUUUGUUGCCUCUAUACGCCUCUCUCUCUCCCUCUCUGAAAUAUCUGAGGAACCCUAAGAAAGAACAAAAGAAUAUGGGAGGAGCAGGGAAAGACAUUCAGCUGCUGCAGCAGCAGCAACAGCAAUACUUGAUUCCCGGCCUGCCCGACGAAGUAGCAAUGGAUUGCCUGGUUCGUGUUCCCUACCAAUUCCAUUUGGCGAUGAAAUCGGUUUGCCGGAGGUGGCGCAACCUGGCCAAUGAUCCCUCUUUUUACAGAGAAAGGCAGAGGACGGGCACUGCCGAGCAACUUGUGUGUCUUGUUCAAGCCCUCACCUCCAUUACCUCCGCCGAGGCAGAAGUUGAAUCGGUGAUUGAAGACAACAAUAAGGAGCAAGAGGAGAAGAGGCGGCUCCGGCGAAGACAUUGCCCACCCGUGUACGGCCUUAGCGUGUAUAACCUAAGCAGGAACACCUGGCGUAGGAUGAUGCCGACUCGGGGCAACUGCAGUGGAAUCCCCAUGUUUAGUCACUGCGUGGCGCUCCCGAUCUCGGGAAAGCUGGUCUUGCUAGGCGGUUGGGACCCCGAGACUCUGGACUCUGUUCCUGAUGUGUAUGUUUGUGAUUUCGUCCGCGGCGGGGGGUGGCGCCGCGCUGCUCCCAUGUCGAUGGGGCGGUCCUUCUUCGCCUGCGCAGCCGUGGGACCGUCGUCCGUGUACGUGGCAGGAGGACACGACAACCAGAAGAACGCUCUGCGAUCGGCGGAGGUGUACGAUGCCGAUGCGGACGAGUGGCGGGCUCUCCCACCCAUGGCGGAGGAGAGGGACGAGUGUCAAGGAUUGUCCUGCGACGGCGACGGCAGGUUCUGGGUGGUCAGCGGGUACGGCACCGAGAGCCAAGGGCGAUUCAAAUCGGACGCCGAGUGCUACGACCCAGCUCUUGGGUCUUGGUCCAAGCUAGAGGAAGUGUGGCCAUUUCCCAGUGCCAGCCCAAGGGCCAUCGCUGCUACUCCCAGUGGACGGUGGUGCUUCAUGGGUGGCGGUAACGGAGGAGAGCAGAGAGGGGUCAUGGAGUAUGACGUGAAAGAGAAAUGUUGGAAGGUAGUGGCCUCCAUUCCCGAUAACGGCUUGAAAUCUUCUCCGUGCGUAGUAACUCUUCGAGGUGGAGGAAGAAACCAAGAUCGGAUCUUUAUGAUGGGUUCCGGCAUUGAUGGGUUGAACGGCGGCAACGGCGCCGGCGACAGGCACGGUGGGUUGAUCUUAGAGCUAGAGAAAAGCACUACGACAACCAAUGGUGGUAACAGUAAUGGCAAGUGGAUCAAUCUCCACACGCCCACCGAAUUCUCGGGCUUUGCCUACUCGGUCUGUUCCUUGCUACUUUGAUGACUGAACAUACGAAACCAAUGAUGGUGGCCGAGACUCAACGGCUGCUACUCUUUCUCAGGCAGCCUCUCCGGCGUAGCUCCGGCGAACCCCUUUUUGCGUUUUCUUAUCUUGGAAGUAAAACGACUAGACCAAUCAUGGAGUUUUGUUAUCCAAAAUUUUCAGACGUUAAGUUUUAGAAUAGUCGGGAGAAAACAAAUGAAAAUGAAAGAAAGAUGGAUGAAAUUUCUUCCCUUCUUCCUUGGCUGAACCAGAUCAAUUAAUCAGCAUUCCGCCAUUUCAGGUGGGCCUAACAACUAAUAUACAAUAUUGCAGAUGGAUGGUCUAAAUGGAUUUGUGAGGUUUGUGGAAGGAUAUGGGCCUCCAUAACUUGCUACCUUACAUCAAGGCCCUGGCCCACAAUUUGAUAAAUAUCUAUCUAACUAACUGAUCAUGUUUUCUUUUCUUUUUUAUUUAUACUUCCUAAAAGUUUAAAGACAUAUAAAUAAGGUUAAUUUCAUAAUUAUAGAAGAAGAUGGUUCUAUUAUAAAUAAGGUUAUUCAGUAGGGGUGCAAUUUGGGUGAGGGGUUUGUCAAAAUUUGAAUGUGGGUUAGGCCUUUGUGACACCACAUGAAUCAUUAACGUUGCAUUCACAUGUGAUACCACAUUUUAAAAUCUAAUAUUAUCCUUUUAUGGUUAAUAUUAUUUUUCAUUAUUCUUCAAAUUUUCAAAAUAAAACUCUUAACAUUCAUUUUUACUCGGUUGAAGGUCAAGAACAUAAAUGGACAUAAAGCUAGCUAGAGUUAAAAUGGCAUCCUUAGAAUUAAACUGGAGAAACGAAAUGAUCCCAUCUAGUUUUCGGUUUACAAGUCGUUUCAUUGAAUAUCUCUAAUCUGUUGGACAGUUUUCCAUGAGGAUAAAACCACAAAGGUUUUAUUCAAAUGUUGCAUUUUGAAAAUUUAAAGAAGAAUGAUGUAUAAAAUAGUCUUUUCCAUCUUUCCA